AGCUACCAUCACUGAGAAAAAGCGCCGAAGUUGGAAUGCAUUGGAAAAACUAGCCAUUGUUUUAUAUCAAGAGAAGGUUUGUAGUGUACGUUCUGCUGCUUCUAAAUUUAAUAUUGAACCAAAGCAAAUUCGUGACUGGAGAGCGAAAAAGGAGAUGUUGAUGCAAGCAAGACCGCACGUGAAGCUUGACGGAAAGCAAAGUUCCCUGAAUUUAUUGUCUCUUGGGGUCAUUUGUGUUUACCACAAAUGGGUUGAUGGUGAUGACACGAGUAAUCGCCGACGAACAACAAUCUCACAAAAACUGCCAGAGGAUCUGGUUGAAAAACAACACGAAUUCUUAUCCUUCAUAUUAUACCAGCGAAAUCUGACAAUUGAUGAAUGCGGCGCUCGUACGGUCAACAUUCGAACAACGGGUCAUGAGAGAUCGCAUUUCACUGUAGUUUUGGCUUGUAUGGCCGAUGGAACAAAACUACCGCCGGUAAUUAUUUUUAAACUCGAGAAUGUUCCACGUGCAAACUUCCCUGCAGAUGUAUUUGUGCGAGCAAACUCUAACGGAUGGAUGGAUGAAACGGAGAUGAGAUGGUGGAUUGACUGCAUUUGGAGUAAACGUUGCCCUUUCUCAAACCCACGGUCACUGUUAGUUAUGGAUUCAUUUUCGGCGCACAUCACAACCUCUUGA